AUGCCUCGUCGACAAGAUGUCAUUGCUCGUUCAGUGACCCGCGCGAUAGUUCACAAUGAUGGCCCUCGCACCUCUUCUACGUCCGACCGAUUCACGGCGUUCUUCAAGCUGUACGAGAUGGACUUUGAGUGCAUUCGAGCCGAUCUUUUCAAGGAGCUGAGGAACGACGUGUGGCAACUCGAAGAGAAGGACUAUACUGCGAGCUUUGGCGAGGAGGGGAAAGAUGGCAACUCGAAGUUGCAGGCAAUGGAGGACAUGGGGUUCAGCGGUUCUACGUUCUUCACAACCGAAGAUACGGCGUACAUUGUCAAAUCGGUUCCAAGACACUUCGAGCACUCUUUUUUCAAGAAUGAUUUCCUCAUUCCGUACGUCCAACACGUUCAUAACAAUUCUGGCUCUCUGCUCAUCCGAACCACGGAGUUUCUGGCCAAUAAACACUUCACCAUUGGGCAAAUCCUUCAGCUCGCCCCGACCCACCACAUUGCUAUGGAGAACCUACUGUACCAGCAAGGCAAGAACCAUUGGGAGACGUACGACCUGAAGCCAAUGUCAUACUUUUACCCCGAGCGUGAUAUCGCCGGCGGUGCUCUAACUUCCGAAGAGACCAAGAGCAAGCUGGCAGACAAAUUCAAGGACAAGCUGUUGCUUACGUUGGAUCAAGCGGAAGCGUUGAAGUAUCAGCUAGAGAAGGACACUAGCUUGCUAGCAACCUGCAAUGCAGUAGACUACUCGCUGUUCCUUGUUCGCAUUCCGAUCACCGAGGCCCCGAAUCCAUUCGACGAUCCACAGCUGAACGCUACGCCUCUGCUCCCGCCUGAUCCGCCAUCUUUCAGAACCGGAAUGCCUUCUACAGACGGUAGAUGGGUCUACCGAGCAGCUGUCCUGGACUUUUUCUGGGCAAAGCACAAGGCUCAUGCUAAAGCUAUGUCUCUGCUGAUCAAUGCUUACAACAUCUUCGACCGGAAGGGUCCAAUGAGUGUGACGACAAACAGCCCAGAAUACCGCCAGCGAUUCUUGAAUAUGAUAUACGACAUGAUCGAGGUUCGGGAUGACACAACGGAGCAGAACGGGUGA